AUGGAAGGCGAAUUUGAAGGACAGCAGCAGGCAUUACUGGCCUUGCUGGUCAAGACUGAACGUUAUGUCGAUACCAUGAGUGACGGCGCCCUGGCGACAGACUCUCAUACCCGAAAGCAAAUCCUGGACAGACUGACGAGCCUCAAACAUAAGCUUCAGACGCCGAUGGAGCAGGCGUGGGAUAUCUUCUUCCAGCCGCACCAUCUCUCCGUCUUGCAGACGGCAAUGGACGCCGGCUGGCUCCAGAUCCUCAACGACGCAGGCAGAGAAGGCGUUACGGUCACAAACCUCGCAGCGAAAUCUGGAGCAGACGCCUCGCUGGUCCGCCGACUCAUCCGCUUCCUAGCAGCCGCCGGUACCGUCAAGGAAGUCGACGUGGACGUCUUCGCAGCAAUAGAAAUGACCGAAUUCUUCUCCUCGCCCGCGAUAAAAGCCGGACUCCGACACGCGAGCCACGAGUACACCGCCGCAGUCUCCCAAAUGCCAGAGUACUUUGCCAACAACGGCUACCAGUCGCCUCCCAACGUCGAGUACGGCAUCUUCGCGCACACGUAUGGUACUUCGUUCUUCCGAUAUCUGUCGCAGCGACCCGUUGCCGCGGCGGCGUUUAAUGAGUUCAUGGCUGCUUCGAAACAGGGGAGCAGGCACUGGGGGGAUGUGUAUCCUGUCGAGUGGCUGCAGGUUCAAGAUCCUGAAGACGUUCUCCUGGUCGAUGUGGGUGGAGGGAAAGGGCACGAGCUGGCGGAGAUGGUUGCGCGGAAAGAAGCGUCAGGUCUUCGUGGCAAGCUGGUGCUGCAGGACCUCGCUAAAGUGCUGGACGAAGUGCCAGAGCAACGACGGAGCAUGUUCGAUGUCGAGGCCCAUGACUUCUUCACACCGCAGCCGGAGUCUUGUCGGAACGCUCGAACGUAUUACAUGCGAUCGGUACUGCACGAUUGGCCGGAUGAAGAGUGCGUCACGAUCCUAUCGCAUCUGCGCGACGCAAUGAGGGUUGGGUAUUCUAGUGUUCUGAUCAAUGAUAUCGUGUUGCCGGAUAGGGAUAUUUCGUUCUGGUCGGCGGCGUUUGAUGUCACGAUGAUGGCGGUGGUUUGUGGGAAGGAGAGGGCAAGGAGGGAGUGGGAGGGGUUGAUUGGGUCGGUGGAAGGGCUUCUGAUCGAGGGGGUUUGGGAGAUUGAUGCGAGGGGGCAUUGUGUUAUUGAGGUGAGGAGGACGAGGUAG